AAAAAAAGCCGAACUGCUUCGUCGUAGGCGAGAGGCUUAUGCAGAAAAGAAAAAACAAAUAACUGGCUGCAGCACUAACCUGGCUGCAGCACUAACCUCUCCGUUAUAGGCCGUACUAAGUCACAACAUACCGAUGAAAAACCUAUAAACACGAACAUGGCAACGAUGGAAACCUCUUUUUUGAAAGCAGCAACUAAGACAAGGCAUUGUAAUAAUAUUAUUAAAACCCAUAUAGGGAAUGUGGAGAAUAGUAAUAGUAUCCAAACCGGCAAUGAAGACACUGGUCCAAAUACAAUAACUAAGGAUAACAUCCUCCAAAUGAAUACUCCAACCGAAUCCCGUAUAACCUGUCUGCCACAGUCCGUUGAACAACUAUGUAUCACUAUCGGCCAAAAAGAAGACAUUUGCUCCACUGCAGCAGACCCCCGACCGAAGAGAAGCCCUGGAAUAGGUGAUGCUGCUUCUAACCUUUCAGAUUCUUGCUGGUUCUUCUAUUCCCCUUACACCGGUACCCCAACAACUCUAAUGCUGAUCCUGUUGAAGAAUGAAGGCUGA